AUGUCGUUCCGGGCCUCCUCUGAGCAGCAGGAGUCAAGCGCCGACCGCGUCAGCCGCCUCUCGCGGCAGCUGCGGUCCGGCGCCAUGGCGAUGUCGCGCUCAGCCAUCACGCAGACGGAGGUGCUGGCUGACAGGAUCGUCGACGUCGGCGAGGGGGUGGCGGCAAACUUUUUUGAGCAGCUGUUGGCCCGCCUCGAGCAGCACGGCGUCCGGCGGUGCCGCGAGGAGCCGGAGGCGCGCCCGGUGCACGAUGACGAUGCCUCCGCGGCCGCCUCACUGCGGUCCGCGCUGGAGCCCGGGGCGGAGGGGGCCCGUGCCCCGUACUACUACAUGUGUGUGCCCUGUGAGCUGCGGCUGACGCAGACGUCGAGCUCCGCCGCGACCCUCGCCAUGCUUGAGGACGCCCACCACCACUGCGCCUCCGCGGAGCACCGGCGGAUUGCGUCGUGGAUGGGUGAGCCGGACAUCGACUGCACGCUGCAAAACGCACCGGAGAUGGACCCCGCGGGGUACGCGCGGAUUCACGUCAACGGGGUCCCGCUGCUGCUGUCGCGGCGCCCGGGGGGCGGGGACAUGUUUUUCCCGCUCCCGCAUGAGGCGCAGGGGCUCGAGCGCACGGCACCCGCGGGCAUGGACGGGCGCCUGUUCGCCACGCAGCCGCAAACGGAGGUCUGGCAUCACCCGCUGCGGUCGAUCUACACCCGGGCGAGGCAGCUCCUGUACCGCAUUGAUGGUGUCCCACCAGGGCACAGAAACAAGGGAACACAAAAGCAACGGUUGCGUUCUCAGUUUGCUGUGCAGCACAUUCCCAUGGAAAACUACGCAACAGAGAGCUUUCUAGAAGGCCCAACGGUGCCGGCCAUUUUCGAGGUCACGCGGCAACGUUUGCCAAAGCGCAGCAACGAGGGCGGCGCGGAGGACGCCGGGUACCGCACCGAGUACGUCGUUGCGGGUAAGCCCUGCAUGGUGUGGAGCGACUCCAUGGCGACCGAACCGACCUCUCUGGUUGUGAAGCACGAGGGCUUGUACCGUGUCGUACUGCUGCGCGCGAGCGAGGCGGCAAGGUGGCUCGCCGCGCCGCCCCCGCCGGAAGGGGCAACUCAGCGCCAGCACGCAGGCGUUGAGGGCCACGGCCAGCCGCUCACCGUCGAGGCGCUGAGUCAGGUCCCUGCGGCACCGACGGUCACCCGCCUCCUGCGGGACCUGAAUACCUCCGGCGUGGACUCCAGCGGCGCCUUCACGCGCUCAGACGCCCCCUCUGAAGUGAGCAGUUGA